UCCAGAACACUUGGACUGCAAGACUGCUCCUCCUAACUCAGGUCUAAAGCCCUGAAACCUCAGCACAUGUAGUUCCUGGAACUGCUAUUGUCUUAAAAUGUCAUCAUCUUCACCUUCAUAUUCUACCUGGAACAGCCUCUUAGAUUCUCUCUCUCUCAACAUGAUAUGGAAUUGGAUACAAACAACUUUUCUGGGAGAGACAACUAUGCCUCAGCAAACAAAUUUGGGGCUGAUAGAUAAUCUUGCUUCAGUUGUCCAAGUCAUCCUACGGGUUACCUUUUUUAUUUUGUUGGGAAUAGGAUUAAUUGCCUUAUGGAAACAAAGCAUUCAGUCACUUCAGAAAAUAUUGUUGUUUAUAGUCACACUCUACCAACUUUACAAGAAGGGCUCAGAUUUUUUUCAGGCUUUGCUAGCCAAUCCAGAAGAGGCUGAACGCCAGUUUCAAGACAGUAGUGACGUCUUCCUGUCCUUGGGUCUGCAGGAGAAAAUUCUGAAAAAACUUCAGAUGGUGGAAAACAAAAUGAAAGACCUGGAGGGGAUGAUCAUUUCCCAAAAGCCUGACAUGAAGAGGGAUUGCUCCUCUGAGCACUAUUGCAGCUGCUCCGAUUGCCAGAGUCCCUUGCCCACAUCAGGAUUUACUUCCACACUUGAAAUGUGAUGGACUCCAAUCUUUUCCAGAGAACCACUGUUUCCCUCAUGUGUGUGGUGGUGAAUUAACAGAGAACUAUAUUGAAAUUA